UCUCGGAGCGGUCUCCGAGUCAGUUGUCCUCAACUCUUCAGUCGUCGAACAUCACACAAAGAGUCCUGCAACGCGCACCGUACACGUGCUUUAUCUACAGAGAUGAGCCGCACUAUCGCGUCGUGACAAUCAUCCAAUUGGACUCGUACUUAAAAUGUAAACAGCAGCUUUCGCAUUGUGAAUCGCCGAAGUGUUCGAACAAAAAUAAAAUAUACGAAAAGAACUAUGUGCGACGUCGUCGGGGUUUGUGUUAUCGUUCUGGUCUGUCUGGCCACUUGGACCAAUGCGAUUCAGGAAAAUUCGGCCUCCGGGGAACAACGCGGAAUGAUCCAAGACUCCAUAAAGCCAUUAAUUAACUUGAGAAACGCCAUAAAACGCGACAGAAUGGAAAUCAAACGUGAAGGCAGGAAAAUAAGGAAAGACACAUCUAUAGUACCACAUCCAAAAUCAUAUCACUAUCCUCAAGGGUCACGAAGGGAGUACCACACAAGAAACGACACACUUCCGGUGUUCUCCAAGUGGACUGCGUGGUCUCGGUGCGUGGACUGCCAUCAAAGAAGGAUGAGGAGUUGUGUGAAGCCCAACUGGUGCGACUCGAGGACUUACGAGGAGAGGGUGUGCGACUCGAGGAAGUGCAGGAGGAAGACCAGGAAACGAGGCGACUUCCAUGUGGUUCAUUUCAACAAGAAUAGCAACUAUCUCUUGAAACAAGCCCCCUCGGACAUUUGGAGCAGAUGGCAGGACUGGAGUCAAUGCUCCCCGAAAUGUAAAUCGUACAGGGUCAGGUACUGCAAGAAGCCGGGCAGAUGUCGCAAAGACAUGCAGGUCCAAAACGCCUACUGUUACUUCCGAGGCUCCCAGUGCGAACAAUACGUCCUCAGUCUGACCGACACCCGAAGAUAUUCCGAUAACAGAAGGUACGAGUACGGGAAUGAGACUCAACCAAUUCACAGGAAGACUAGGAAGAAAUGUGGAAGGAGGUACAAGACCUCCAGGAUGUUGAAGAUAAUUGGAGGGGUGGAGAGUAAGAAGAACAAGUGGCCCUGGCACGUGGCCAUUUUAAAUAUGUACAAUGAAGUAUUCUGUGGAGGAACAUUGAUAGCACCAAGAUGGGUGCUAACAGCUAGUCACUGCAUACGCAGCACCUUAAAGGUGAAACUGAAUGAGCACGACCUAUCUUACAACGAUGGAAGGGAAAUACAGAUGAAAGUGUUCAAGAUGUUCCCCCAUCCCAACUUCAACUCCAGAACAGUCGACAACGACAUAGCUUUGUUGUUGUUGCCCAAAGCAGUCAACUUGCCCGUAGCUUGCCUGCCCAAAAGAAGGGCCAAAGCCGGCGAACAAUGCUCAGUAAUGGGUUGGGGGAAGCUCAAUUCCUUCCAUAAGUACGGAACAUCAAUUUUGAAUGAAGCCAAGCUGCCAAUAAUUCAGGCCAAAACCUGCAGGAGGUCCUACCGCCAGUUCCACAUCACCGAAAACAUGCUGUGCGCCGGCUGGAUGUCCGGCAAAAUGGACACGUGCGCCGGCGACAGCGGUGGAGGCUUGAUGUGCCCCGUGAGGAGGCACAACCGCACCAUAUACCGAAUCAGUGGCAUCACCAGCUUCGGAGAUGGCUGCGGCAAGAGCAAUAAGUUCGGCAUCUACACCACAGUGUUCAACUAUGUUCCUUGGAUCAACUACGUCAUCGAGCAUUAUUCUUAGCUAAUAUUGUUAUGACAGUGAUUGUCGCUAACUAGAAAAAUCACUCAUGCGUUUGCAUUUUAAAACACUGUGAUCUACCGCCUAUUUUUUUCCUGUUUAAGCCUUUAUUACUAUGUAAAUACCACUAAGUGAUUAAUUUAUUUUAACUUUAUAGAUAGUUUCAAUUGAUUGACACUAGUUUAAUGCGCUUCAUAGUAUUUAUUUAAAGUUUUUAUAGUUGUACAUUAUUUAUUUUAAUUGACCUAAUAAAUAUUUGUAACUA